UUCAAGAUGGCGGUGUGGAGGACUCACGGAUUCGGACUUUUUCUACUGGUGCUGGUCAGUAAAAGUCAACAGCAAGCCAAGACCUUCGUUUUUCCGGAAUAUCCAUACAAAGAGACAUCAAAGAAUGAAUUAUUGUUCCGGGAGUUUGAACAGGCGUGUGAGGAGAGUGGGGCAUGCAAAAGCCUUUCCCAACAACGAUCAGCAGUGGCAAAGACCAGAUGCAUAAGAGAGUGCGUCUCGCCAUCCUGCUAUCGUGAAAUCUACCUAUUCGAUCAGUUGGAAGAGGGGGAAAUCGACGUGAGACUGAACUCAUUCAAGGGCUGUUUUAUGCAGCGCAACGGUCGCCCUCGGAAAUAACAAAGGAGUCUUUUUUUUUAAUUAAAAAAAUCUGGUUAAGGGUCCAAUUUAAAUCUCCAUCACUCGAUUAUCAGCUCAAGAAAAUUAUCCAGUUUGAAAUAAUGAUAAAUUUAGCUUUGGAAUCAUCUCAAUUUAUUAUAAGAAUAUUUAAAGUAUUUUCAACGCUAUACUAUAUCCUCAGAAUAACUAAAUCCCCUUUUCAGCUGAAGUUAUUCAGACGAUGCGAGAUAAAACAUACGUUUAAAUCCCGUCCCAGGGACAUAAUCCCAAUAAUCCUUCAGAAAAUACUCCAUUAUGCACAUUUAAUGCAUUAUGAGCGUACGAUGGGGAGCUUAAAGUAUCUCACGGACUUCACAGAUACGUCUCGAUUCUCGAAAGAUCAUUAAUGCAACUGUACUAUCACUCGUAAUUACGUACAAUCACUUUUUUAGGGUUUAAUCAUAUUCUAUGGAACCCGAAAAUUAAUUUUUCAAUCGAAUUAAUAUUGUAAUUACAUAAUGGAUCAAGUUAAUAAAACGAAUUUAUCAAGCCAAA